AUGCAAGAUAAGCUAAUCCUUCACACCAUCCUUGCAUCUAUCUCCGAACCAAUAAUGCAACUUAUUGCUGCUUCAUCCACUGCUCAUGAUGCAUGGUCCAAGUUGCAACGAUUAUAUGCCAAUCAUUCACGUACUUGUGUUGAGCAGCUUAAAGAGGAGUUGAUCCUCAUUCAACGAGAGUCCCACUCAGUCUCAAAGUAUCUCCAUGCCAUUAAGGUUCUUGUUGAUGAACUUGCGGUGAUUGACUCUCCCGUCUCAAUGGAUGACAUCACUUUUUAUGUCCUCAACAGCCUCAGUCCUAAAUUCCGUGAUAUUGCAGCACCUAUUUGGGCUCAUAAGACUUCUUUUUCAUUUGAAGAGCUUCAUGACAUGCUAAUUGACCAUGAAAGCUACUUGAAACGUGUUGAAGCUUCCAACUCCGCCUUGGUUGCCACUGCAAACACCACUCAGCACCACACUAUCGCUUCCAAAUCCAACUACAACCAACGCUCCAACACCGUUCCUUUGGUCAGAAUCGCACCAACUCCGAUUGCUAUAAUCAUAAAGAGUGGUUUGGAAAGGCCUAGACUAUUUGCCAACUAUGUGAUAAAGUGGGACACUCGGCCAAGACUUAUCACUCGAUUUUCAGUGAGAAGUCCAUGA